CGUUCGACAGCAUGCAGAUCAAUGCACAGAUGAUGAUUAAUGAAGGACACUACGCAUCUGAGGAGAUACAAAUGCGAGCAGGUUUGGUGGAGCAGUUGGAGGAAGCCAUUCAGUUGGCAUGGCAGGAGAAAAGAGUACACCUGGAUGCUGUUGUGCAGCAGCAGCAGUUUAUGAAGGAUGCUCACUCAAUAGAGGCCAUCAGCAUUGCACAGGGGGCAUAUCUAAUCAAUGGAACGAUUCCAACAAAUAUUGAGCAAGUUGAGUCCGCUCUGAAGAGGCAUGAGACUUUUGAGAAAGUGCUGCAAACACAGGAGGAGAAACUGCAUGUGCUUGAAUGUUCAGUGCAGGAUAUGUGCUCACAGAGCCAUUUUGAUGCUGUUCACAUGAUAGAGGUUGUGGAGGAGGCAGUAGGCAGACGUGAUAACGUCAGGCAACUUGCUGACGAAAGGAAACGAAAGCUGUUAGAGGCCCACAAGUAUGCAACUUUUAAACAGGACAUCACUGAGACAUUUAUAUGGAUAAAUGACAAGAGACGGUUUGUGGAAGCUGCAGUGCAGCAGGACAUGGGACAAAACGUCAGCCUUAAGGAAAAGAUGCAGAAGCUGCAGAAACAUCAGACAGUGGAGGCAGAGCUGGCUUCAGCAGAGCCACGUAUACUGCUGCUGAAACAGAAUGGCGAGGAGUUGCUAGCGAUUGCUCAUACGCAGUCUGCAGAAAUUGAGCAUGACCUGAAGGAGCUCAUCACACAGUGGCAGGCACUGAAGAACGCAGCUGAGGGGCAUACCCAGCUGCUAGAGGAGGCACGUGACAUUCUCAACUUCCACAGUGAAGUCAGCCAAGCAGCGGGCUGGAUCCAUGACAAGGCAUUGCAGGUGCGAGCUGGAGAGACAGGGAGAGACUAUGAACACUGUGUAGAACUUCUGCAGAAACUGGAAGAUAGGGAUUCUCCACGUAAAGUGACUAAGGACACCAUCCGGGAAAUCAACGAACUGGCAGAUAAACUGGAACAGCAGAAUCAGUCUGACAGUAUUGAUUUGAAUUCAAAACUGCAGCAACUAAACACAGAUUGGACAGAUCUGCAACUGGCCAGUGUUGACUACAGGGAGAGGCUGGAUGGCGCCCUAGAGGUGCAUGAAUACAUCCGCGACUGCGAUGAAAUGACAGAGAUAAUCAAUGAUAAGGCUGUCACCUUGCAACUGGAAGACUGUGGGAAAGAGUUGCACACUGUUGAGACUCUGCAGCGUAAGCAGGAAAUGACUGAUCAGGGCAUUGAUGCACUGCAUGGCCAGAUCAAGGAUUUAGAAAAGCGAGCAUCUGGUCUUCGCAAGCGGCAUCCAGAAAGCAGUGAAGCCAUCUCAGACAAAGAAACACAGGUCAUUGCAAAGUGGGAUAGCCUUUGUGAGCUUUCUAUGUAUAGACGCCAGCAGUUGGAUGAAUCCAGAAAGCUGCAUAAGUUCUUUUAUGACUUUCGGGAUCUGGAGGAGUGGGCGAAUGACUUACACUCACGCAUGGUGGCAUCAGAUCUUGUGGAUGGGGUUGCUGAGUCUGCAGACCAGCUGCAGCUGCAUCAGGAGCUGAAGAUUGAGCUCGAAGGUCGUGGACUGGAGUUUCUGGGUGUGCAUCGUCAAGGCGAGGAUAUUCUGAAGCAGCAUGAUUUGGUGGCAGGCUCGGAUGUGCGUAAUAGUCUGGAGAAGCUGGAAGAGAUACAGGCAGGCUUGAGUGAGGAGUGGCACGAAACACAAGCAUUGCUCUGUCAAUGCCAUUCAUUUCAGGUAUUCAAGGAGCAUGUUGAUGAGGCUGAAGCAUGGCUUGCUACUAAGGAAGCUUAUCUUAACAAUGAAAACCUGGGAGAGUCUGUGGCUGAUGUUAGGGCGUUAAUGAAGAAGCAUGACGACUUUAAUCGCUCGCUGCAAGCACAAGAGGGAGUGAUCGACCAACUCUGUGAGGAAGCUCAGCAGCUGAUAAAGGAUGGUCAUUAUAAUGCCGUGGCUAUACAAUACAAAUGCGAAAAGGUGACAGAGCGCAGAAAACAUCUCUGGAAUGCUAGUGCCAACAGGAAAAGGAAAUUAGAAAAGGCGAUACAGCUGCAGCAAUACCUGGACAAUGCACAUGAGGUAAGCAGAUGGAUUCAGGAGAAGAUGCAAAUUGCCUGCGAUGAGUCGUACAGAGAUCCUACAAACCUACAGAGCAAGAUACAGAAACAUCAGGCAUUCGAGGCAGAGCUUCUGAGCAAUAGAAACUGCAUCCUUUCUGUCAAACAGGUACAACUGUGAAAUAUUAACGUUAUUUUGGAUUAAUUGCUAUACUCUGGUAAUGAAGGUGCACUGGAAAUGACUCAUCACAAGCUCCAUAAAGCUCACGCUAUUUGCUGUUGGUCCCAGUUAGUAAGAGCAAUUUCUAGUAGGUAACCAUAAUAGAAUCAUCUAUUGCUGACAAGUGCCCAUGCAUGCAUGGGUUUAUGUGCUGCUU